AUGGCUCAGCACCCCAACCCCGCCAUGGGCGACUCCAUCACCGAUGCCCCCCCUUCCGAACAGACCAAGGGCGGUGACCUCAAGAUGUACGACCUACCUGACUCCCAGAAUGAUAUCGAGUCGAUCAAGGCCAUUGGCGACGCAAGCGGGUUCGAUCAGCAAAAGGCCAUUGAGGGCCAUGCCCAUUUCCACCGUCUUGGCUGGAAGCGCAUGACCAUCCUGCUUAUUGUCGAGGCCAUCGCCCUCGGCAGCCUCAGUCUCCCCUCGGCCUUUGCCACCCUCGGCAUGGUCGCAGGUGUCAUCUUGACAGUUGGCCUCGGCCUGGUCGCCAUCUACACCAGUUACAUUGUCGGCCAGGUCAAACUCAAGUACAACGAUGUCCACCAUUACGCCGAUGCCUGUGGCAGGAUUCUUGGUCGCGUCGGUUACGAGGUUGUCGGUGUCAUGUUCUGCCUGCAGCUCAUCUUCCUCGUCGGAUCCCACUGCUUGACUGGCACCAUUGCUUUCCAGACCAUUGUCGACAAGAAUGUCUGCAGCAUCAUCUUUGGUGUCGUAUCCGCCAUCAUCCUGCUGCUCCUUGCUAUCCCGCCAUCCUUCGCCGACCUUGCCUUCCUCGGAUACAUUGACUUUGUCUCCAUCCUUCUCGCUAUCGGCAUCACGAUUAUUGCUACCGGCAUUAAAGCGUCUGACUCCGAUGGCGGCCUGGCCUCGGUUCCCUGGUCCGCCUGGCCCAAGGAGGGCUGCACUCUCGUCGAUGCUAUUGUCGCUCUGACCAACAUCGUGUUUGCCUACAGCUUCAGCAUCACCCAGUUCUCCAUGAUGGACGAGAUGAGCGAGCCCAAGGACUACGUCAAGUCCAUCUGGACCCUAGGAACCAUUGAGAUCGUCAUUUACACUAUCUGCGGUGCCGUCAUCUAUGCCUUUGUCGGUGUCGACGUCAAGUCUCCCGCUCUCCUCUCGGCCGGUCCUCUUGUUUCCAAGGUUGCGUUUGGCGUUGGACUCCCCGUCAUCUACAUCUCUGGAUCCAUCAACACCACCGUCGUCAGCCGCUACCUCCACAGGCGCAUGUUCGCCAACACUGUCACCCAGUUCAUAAACACCCCCAGAGGGUGGACGAGCUGGCUCAUUCUCAUCAGCGUCAUCACCGUCAUCGCCUUCGUCAUCGCCGAGGCCAUACCCUUCUUCAACGACCUCCUUUCGCUCUCCUCGGCGCUUUUCGUCACCGGAUUUACUUUCUACUUCCCCGCCAUGUUUUGGUUCAUGCUCAUCCGCGAGGGCCCCUGGUACUCCAAGCAGAACAUUUACAAGAGCAUUGCCAACGGAAUCAUCUUCGUCAUUGGCAUCGCCAUUCUGAUAGGCGGAACCUAUGCCAGUAUUUCCGACAUUAACUCCAAAUUCGAAGAUGGUACUGUCAAGAAGGCCUUUAGCUGCGGAGCCGUUGAGUAA